AUGAAGAUGCUAAUAGCAGUCCUUGGUUUGAGCCUGGUGGUAAGCGUGUUUGCAGCACCCCUGGAUGAUUCCAGAAAUGCGGAGAUUUUGCGAUACAGCAGUGAAAACAUUGGUAUCGAUGGAUAUCGAUUUGAAUUUGCCACGAGCGAUGGUACCAGCCGGACGGAAGAGGCAGAGCUGCGUAAUGCGGGCACGGAUAAUGAGGCGAUUGCGGUGCGAGGAUCCUACUCCUAUACCGGCCCUGAUGGUACAGUCUACGUGAUCAAUUACGUUGCGGACGAGAACGGGUUCCAACCGGAAGGAGCUCACAUUCCCAAGUAGUACAGCAAGCUAGGAAGGAACAGAGAGUAUAUCUCAAUAUACCGUGGAGGAAAAUUGCUCUAAAAACCGUAUCUUCUCAUAUGUCCUGUGUGGAUACUCUUCUUCCAAUAUUUGUAACUAAUUCUUAGUAAAAAAACACCCAACACCCUCCAGUUACCCAUGU